CACUGCGGCAGCCGCCGUGCGGGGGGGGCACGGCUAAACCGGGUGAGAACCCGCGGUGACACGGCUUGACAGAGCCACCGGUGGAACAGCGGCGGACGCGGGCUGCGAGACACAGCCGGGGCGCAGCGGAGUGUCCGGGCUGCCACGCUCGCCACCAGCGGGGGACACCGCUUGCCACAGCCACCGGGCCACCUGUGGGAUCAUGGCUGCCAUAGAUGAGCGCACCUUCAUUGCCAUCAAGCCCGACGGGGUCCAGAGGGGGCUGGUGGGGGAGAUCAUCAAACGCUUCGAGAAGAAAGGAUUCAAACUGGUAGCCAUGAAAUUAAUACAUGCCUCUGAGGACCUUCUGAGGGAACACUACAUCGACCUCAAGGACCGGCCAUUCUACGAUGGCCUGGUGCAGUACAUGCACUCGGGACCUAUCGUAGCCAUGGUGUGGGAAGGUCUUAAUGUGAUUAAGACUGGAAGAAUGAUGCUGGGGGAAACCAAUCCAUUCGAUUCCAAGCCUGGCACUAUUCGUGGGGACUUCUGUGUCCAAGUUGGAAAGAACAUCAUUCAUGGCAGUGAUUCUGUGGAAAGUGCUGAGACAGAGAUCAAUUUAUGGUUCACUCCUGAAGAACUGGUUGAUUAUAGAAGCUGUGCUCAUGAGUGGAUCUAUGAUUAACACCCAGACUGGAUCUUCUGAUAUUCCCAUGUCCACAAGCAGCUGCCAGCCUCUAGCUAUUCCAAAGAAUUCCCUGGUAGAAACCUCAGAAUACAGUGAGUUUGCUCUGUUGUGGACAUUAAAUAGAGUCGGUGCUUGCUGCUCCUUUGAUUUAAAAGCUGUCAAACUAUAGAUGAAUUGCACAUUUUAAAAGCUGCUUCCGGGAUUGAGAAAUAUGAGAUGAAAACAGAACAGAUAACAUAUAUUUUUCUGAAGCAUUUGAUAGUCACAGAGAAUGUUUUGGGAAACAAAAAAAAAAUGGGUAAAAAUUUAUUUGGUAAAUAAAUACACAAAUGGCUCAGAGUCAGAGGUUAACUUUUCUAAAACAUUAGAGGACAACUAAUGGUGUGUAAAUGCAUUGAUAAUAUGCUCAAAUGUUGAGGAUUUACUUAAUAUCAAGUGUGUCCCCAUUCCUAAAACAGCUGCAGAAAAAAGCCCAUUUCUCUCCCCAGAACAUGCUGUGCCCAUAAAGAAUUCAACUCUGGCUAAAAUGACAACUGGCCUCCACACUGACACUGUUUCAACUCGCUUUUUUUUCCUUCCACAUGGGAUUUAUGUAGUAUUUUAAGGACAGAUUAACCAGCCAGGCUUGAUGAAAUGUCCUUUUAUGUGAAAAGAAGAUUAAUGUGAGGAUGGAUGAGGGAGAUUCUACCUUUAGCCACUUCAGUGCAGCAGCUCUCUGAUACUGCACAGAGCAAUAAGUGGUGUUUGCUCUGCCAGCUGAACAGCUGAUAGUUUAGUUGUGUUCU